AUGGAUUUUGUGGAUGGAACAUUGCAUCGUCGGCAUAGUGGGGCAAAUAUACAAAGAUUUGCUAUCACUUGGUCGCAACAUUUGAAUGAAUACCGAGUCAAUUCAUGGAUCACUAGCGCUAUAGAACCUAAUGUCCGCAUUCCUAAUCAUAUUUCUUUUCCAAAACUCAAGUGCCUUGUACUCGAUGGUGUCGACUUUAGUGAUGAUGAUGAAUACUGGAAUGAGAAUUUCUUUUCCAACUGCCCGGUCCUCGAAGAUUUCAAGAUACAACGUUGCACUUGGUUCAAUAUUCCAAAUUUCUGUAUUUCAGCCCCUGCACUGAAAAACUUUAAGAUGGAUCUUUGGGAGGACUCAGGGUUACGGGGUUGUGCUCUCAAGGUUGAUGCACCAAAUCUGGAGUUUUUUUAUUACGAUGCUAGCAUUGCCAAGGAGUAUGUUCUGACAACCUUUCCGCCGUUAGUUAGAGCAGCGGUCCAAUUUUGCUUUAACCCAUAUGAUGCAACAAGAGAGCAAAGGAUUGGUCAUGGUGCAGCUGUAAGUCAGUUUCUUCGAGCCCUUGCGAAUGUAAAACGCCUAAGUGUUUCUGAUGAAACCCUACAGUCGGUGCCUAGUGAUGACGAAGAAGAAGAAUAUGACAUUGCAGGCAGCGGCAUUGAUGUUGAUGCUGCCAAGGAUGAUGGCAGCGACUCAGAUGCUUCCGAUGGAGAAGACAACCAUUGCAGCGAAGAUGAUGAUUGGACAGUCGAUGUGGUGAACGAUCUUGAAUGCUUAUUUCUACACCUUAAAUCGGUUCACUUUUUCGACUUCACUGGUAACCCAAUGCAGAUGAGAUGGUUGAAACUAAUUUUGAAGAAUGCAAAAGCUUUGCAAACAAUGUCUAUUUCCACAUAUUCCGAGAGCCUCACCAAUUUGCGUGUUUAAAUUCCCUCUUCGGCUGGUUGGAAAAAGACACCACAAAAAACUAAGCAAGAGAGGGGAAAUAGAGGCGAUUCCUAGGGCAUCAAAUCUCUUGCGUUUCUCCAUGGCUGGAAGCCAUUUUCCUCCUCCUCCUCCGAUUUCGAACACUAAUCAGAGUGAAUCAGCAUCUAAAUCUGCAAUUGGUAAUGAUUUAAACCUUGGGUUAGAGGAUUUUCCGCUGUUACCAGUUCCUUCUUCAUCCUUUGGAGUUAAUGGAGCUUCAAAACCAAACCCUAACUCUUGCUGGAAUGGGAAUGGUCACAACAUCUAAAGUACUUCCGCUCCAUCAAUGAAGCUUCCUAGUUAUGAAGAACCGACCUCGGUUGAUGGUCAACCAACGGCAAUUUUUUCAUCAGGUGAACUCAAAUCUCAAAUUGAAUAUUAUGAAUCUCUGGUAGUUGGUUAUUUUGUAGGGAAUAGGCUAGCUUUUCCUUUUGUGAAAGAUAGUUUAUCUUCCCAGUGGAAGACAAAAGGGGAUUUUACCAUGACCAUUCAUGGAGAAAAUGCUUUCCUUUUCAAGUUUAUUCAAGAAGAAGAUAGAGCUCGAAUUUUGGAAUUAGGUUCAGUACAAAUUGCAAAAAAGUUAUUUCUUAUUAGACCUUGGUCACCCUUCAUAGAAUCUCAUAUUGAUUCCAUUAAAACUGUGCCUCUGUGUAUGAAUCUCAGGGGGUACCAAUUCAUCUCUGGAAUGAUGUUGGUUUAGCUAGGAUUGGUAGUUUAGUGGGUAAACCGAUCAUGACAGACUCACAAACUACAUUGAAGACUAGAAUGUCGUUUGCUAGAGUCUGUGUCGAAAUUGCAGCUGAUUGUUCUUUCCCUACUGAGCUUCCAGUCAAAAUUGAUGAUAUAAAGCUUACGGUAAAAGUAAAAUACCCUUGGAAGCCAAUUGCUUGCUCUCAUUGCAAGAUCUUUGGUCAUUCAAGUGUAAAAUGCAUCUACAACCCAACCCCAAAGAAUAAUGAUGUUUCGAUUCCAAAGAAGUCUUCUUUAGUUGCAGGUGACAACAUUGACCCUAAGGAAAUAAUGCAGAACACAACAUCUGAUGUGGAAGCUUAUUUUGUGAAUCAGUCUUUAAAAGAGGCUAAUAGAUGUGGGAGUAGUAGUGAUGAGACAGGGAUUUCUCAACCAGAAAAGUGGAUGGCAUGUGGUGGGGGUGUUGUUUCGAAUGCAUCGUCUACUGUGGUUGAUCCUUGUGCAGAGAUGUGUACGAAUGGGGAGAGGUUAAUUGAUCAAGAAAAGAUCCUUGGCGAGUGGGUCUCUCAUAAAAGAAAGAAAGACGUCGGAAAAAAAGAAGAAAAAAAACCACUUACAGGUUCCUACUAUUGAAAAUGGUCAUCUGGUUUUGGAAGGUACUAGCAUCCCAACUGCUGAUCCCGAUAUCCACCCCCCAAUUAGUUUUGGAAGAUUCAAUGGUAAGCAUCACAAAGGCGUCAUCGUAAGAGAUAUCCACCUCCCAAUUAGUUUUGAUAAUGGCUAACUACCCUCAUUCAAUUAGUGUUAAUGAUUAUAAUUAGUUUUAAUAAUAAUGAUUAAUUAGUAAUGUUAA